UUACAAUGGCCCCGAAAACAACUACCCCAGUGGAGAAGAAAAGCGCCAAAGCAAUGAAGAACAUUUCCAAGGGAGACAAGAAAAAGCGCUCCAAGAAGAGGAAGGAAAGUUACGGCAUCUACAUCUACAAGGUCUUGAAGCAGGUGCACCCGGACACCGGGGUAUCCUCCAAGGCCAUGUCCAUCAUGAACAGCUUCGUCAACGACAUCUUUGAGCGCAUCGCCACGGAAGCCUCUCGCUUGGCACACUACAACAAGAGGUCGACCAUCACAUCCCGGGAGAUCCAGACGGCAGUGAGGCUUCUGCUUCCCGGUGAACUUGCCAAACAUGCCGUCUCCGAAGGCACCAAGGCAGUGACCAAGUACACCAGUUCCAAGUAG